AUGGCUAAAAGUAGUGUGAAAACCUACGUUUCUAACACACCAUCUGAUUUUGAAGAACUCGUACAGAAGAAGUUACAAUUUUGGAGGAAAUCGGAAUUAAUUGGCACAAAAUUACUCCAACAUAAGAAAGUUGGUAUAAUGCAACGGGGCCACUCUCAUGGGGAUGACGAUUUUGUGUCCGAUAAUGAAGAUCGUAGUAGGCCAAAUACUCGCGGAAGCUCUGGAACUCGAAAGAAGUUGCGUCCUGAUUAUGAGGCCAAGGGGAAAGAAAAGCUCAUAUAUUCAAGCGAUGGAGAUGAUGAAAGUUAUUCUGAGGGCCAAAAGGAACAAGAAUUUCGGACUGAUGAUGAUGAUUAA